GCUAGACUUGACGAAGCCCAAGUUGAAAUACAAGCCUUAAAGAAACAACUCCGUGAGGUCGAUAAGACAAUGAACAACACUAAAGAUUCCCUUGAGUUCACCCAAGGUGAGCAUGACGACCUUGUGGAACGCGUCGCGAACUGCGAAAACGAGCAGUCAACUUGUUGGGAUGAGCUGACUCAUUUAAACAUCUAUAGUCGUCGAUGGAAUCUAAUUUGCUACAGAGUCAAUGAGUCCAAAGACGAGGAUUGCUUCUCGCUGGUACGUGACGUCUUAACCCGAAAUUUAAACCUACCACAAGACGAAGUCUCGAAUAUGAAGCUUUGCGGGGCACACCGUCUUGGCAAGCCAAACAGAAACAGAGCCCGACCUCUUAUUGCUCGCUUCACGUGUCGUGCUGACAGAGAUCGUGUCUGGAAAGCUCGCUACAGCCUGAAAAACUCGCGUAUUUCAAUGGGUGAAGACCUACCGAAGCACAUACAAGAAAUCAGGAAAAACGUCCUUAUCCCUGCGAUGAAGAAGAUAAAACAAGAAACACCAAGCCACAAAGCUUCCGUCAUAGGAGAUAAGUUAGUUGUUAAUGGAAAAGUUUAUUUUCAUCAUGACGUGCCGAAGAAAUGGCUCCCUGUCAACUCUUCAGUGAAUAACCAUGAGGAUUAUGGCAAUGGUACAGCCGAACAUCAAGAACCACUGCAAAGUCAAGAAGAAUCCUCUGAUGUUAUGGUCCAAUCCCAAGAACUGCUUAGUCAAAGCGAAUAGGUGACGCUUUUUCCGUAAGUCCAAUCCUUUCACAAAACUUUAAAAUUAACUCUUAGUUGAAAACCAGUUUUAUUUUUACUCCGUUGCUUCUUGCCUUUAAAAUCAUGCUCUAGUUUUGUGUUUCCAAAUACGAGGACUUAAUUUCAACCCUGAGAUGGAACUCGCUAUUUUCAUGCUUCCCUUGCGGUAACCAAAUUUUCACUUGCACCUUUCAAAAUGGCAAAUCCGUUUAUUUUACAUUCAGAGUCCAAGUCGUUGUUAUUGCGGAUGCUUUCUACGUCCCUUGUUAUGCUACCCUCUCAAGUACGCCAAACCACUUUCGUGUGGUGCGUUCGAAGGCCUUUUUCAGCGCCUUUUCUAUUUUUCUGUUUAUGUUUCUUAAGUAAUGUUUGUCUAAGUCCUUUGAUAAUUUAUUUUAUUUCUACUAGUAGUUUGAACACUUUAAUCACCAAAACACUGCAUUCACAUUCACACUUCGGCCAAAAGACAGCUGUCAAAGUCCGCCGUUGCCAGCGCAAUUUUCUGACUUUUUCCCUUUGUCCCGUAGACGCCUUUAAAACCUAGUUUUGAUGUUAAAUUCCAGUCCUUAAACGUAAGAGGACUGAAUAAGUCAAUUAAACGUCGAUCAAUCUUCCGUUGGUUACAUAAUCAAAAAUUCCAUUUCACAUUCUUACAAGAAACCUACAGCUCUAAAGAAUGUGCCCAAAUUUGGGAAGCUGAAUGGGGUGGGAAGGUUUAUUUUAGUCACGGCAGUUCACACAGCAAAGGUGUCAUGACUCUCGUUAAUCCGAACUUAGAUGUCAAGGUCGAAAAAUGCAUCCAAGACACGAAUGGCAGGUUUCUUAUACUUGACCUAUUAAUUGAUGAGUUGCAUCUAAUUCUAGUGAAUAUUUAUGCCCCGAAUGACGCGAAUCAGCAACUCACGUUUUUUAUAGAGCUCGAAAAUCAGCUUGAAGAUUUUGCCCAAGAGAAUAUUAUUAUCGCAGGUGACUUCAACUGCGCUCUUUCUGAAAAUGACAAAAAAGGUGGAAAUUCAGUUUGGAAAAAAUCCAUAGUAAUUAAAGAAGUUCAGCAUCUUGCGAACCUCUAUAAUUUAACAGACAUUUGGCGCGAUCGCAAUCCGAACGACAACCGCUUCACUUGGAGAAACAAAUCGCUAAAAAUCCCCGGGGGGGGGUACUCCCUAAUAUGGGCUAUAUAGGUAUGUGCGGCCCCAAAGGGUAGGGUUUUUCAGCCGUUUUGGUCAUAAAUUGGGUAUCGAUUUUGGCUAUUUUGCCGCCAUUUUAGUCAUAAAUAGGGUAACGAUUUUUGCACUGUAGUCUUGAAUGCACUUUUUUAGAAGAAGCUACUUCCUUAUCAUGUCCCCCUCCUUCCAUCCGCGCUUUGACUUCCUCUCCACCGGCUGCUUUGUAGGCUAGAAAAUACAAGCAACAAGCAACAAAAGCCCUUCGCAAAUUAUGUUCCAGGUCAUAAAUAGGGUAUCAAAUUUUUGGUUACGUCAUAAAUAGGGUAGGGAAAAUCGCAGAUUUUGGUCAUAAAUAGGGUAAGGGUUUUGGGAAGCGGGCCGCACACCCCUACACAAUUUUUCUGCGAGUACCCCCCCGUAAAAAUCCAAUGCCGACUAGACUACUUUUUAAUUUCAAAAGAACUCAGCGGUGACACACAUGCUUGCAAUAUAAUUAACGCCCCUGAAACUGAUCACUCGGCUGUCACUUUACAUCUUAAGACAGAAGAUUUAUUGCAACCUAAAGCUCCUGGUUUUUGGAAAUUUAAUAAUUCUCUAUUAGACGACGAAGACUUCACUUCCGCAAUCCGUGAAAGUCUACCGGAUUUCAAAGAUAAAUAUGCUGACCUGGAUGACUUAGGCCUAAAAUGGGACUUAAUUAAAAUGGAAAUUCGCGGAUUCACAAUCAAGUAUUCAAAAAUCAAUGCUAAGAACAAGAGGAAUGAAGAGGCUGCCCUUCAAAAUAAAGUUAAUGAACUUAUGCAAAAGUGUGAACAAAACCCUAGCGACAAAAGAAUAUUGAACGAGCUUUACGCGACAAAAUUGCGCCUUCAAACGAUCAUGCGACAAAAAACAAAAGGCGCCAUUCUUAGGAGCAAAGCUCGGUGGCAUGAGUUU